AUGGCAUCCCUCAAUCUGAACAUUAACUAUAUUCUCCAGAGGAUUAAUCACCAGCGUCUCUUCCAGAACUUACAAGCAAUGUUGAAAAGUGCAACUUUUCUCAACAUAACCGGCGCUGCUACUGUCUCAUACUUUGUUUGGAAAACUUUCCAGUUCACAAAUCUAUACUUCCUCAAGCCUUCAAAACUUUAUAAGUACCGAGCAGUUAAAUCACCAAAAGGAGAAGCACCAUGGGCUCUGAUCACUGGCUCUUCAGAUGGAAUUGGUAAAGCUCUUGCCAUCGAACUCGCAAGCAAGGGGUUCAAUAUAGUCGUGCACGGAAGGACUCCUUCGAAGAUUGCAAAGCUUGCAGCAGACUUGGAGGCGCAAUAUAAAAUCAAGACGAAAACUAUAGCUUUAGAUGCUACGGACCCUAUCCUAUCUCUCGACGAGCCUGUUCUAAAUGCUAUCGGCGAUACCAAAAUAACAAUUUUGAUCAACUGCGUUGGAGGAAUCAGCAUUGCUGCCAAAAGGAUCUACGACCCGAUGGUUGAAAGAACAGAGUCAGAAAUAGACCGUGUCUUCAGCAUCAAUGGUAGAUUCAUGACGCAACUUAUCAGGGUCAUCCUCCCACGAAUGACGGAACCUGGAAUCAUAAUAAAUGUCGGCUCAACUUCGGCAUACGGCCUGCCGUGGGUCCAACUAUACUCUGCUGCCAAGGGCUAUCUGAACAGCCUGUCAAUUGCUCUCAAUGCAGAGAUGUAUGCCACAGGCCGAGAUAUUGAAGUCAUGGCCGUAACUCCAGGCAGUGUUGCUGGCACCCCGGGGUUCAAGUACGCCGUGGGUGCGUUUCUACCGGAUACAAAGACAAUUGCAAGAUCUAUUUUGGACAGAAUUGGCUCUGGACAGACUGUAGUGUCGCCAUACUGGGUCCAGGGAAUUCAGGAUGUUUUGUUUAGUUUUCCGGGGCCUCAGAUGUAUAAGACGAUGGUUGCGAACGUUAUGAGGGGUAUGAAAGAGAUUGAAGAUAAGGACAUAGCAGCGCAGAAAUAG